CUGAUUCACAGCCACAAUUGCCAACGUUUUGCCUCGUAGCACGUGCCUUUAUACCUAUAAAUAUCGAACGCUGCCUCGCUCUUCCUCCAAGAGGAGGAACGCUCGCGAUUGAGGCGAAGGGAGCCUAGCGAGAGUUCUGGUUCGCUGCUCAUGGCUUCCAAGAGGCUACAGAAGGAGUUAAAGGACUUGGAGAAGGACCCGCCCCUGUCAUGCAGUGCAGGUCCUGUUGGUGAGGACAUGUCCCAUUGGCAAGCCACCAUUAUGGGGUCUGCUGAUAGCCCAUUUGCAGGCGGUGUAUUUUUAUUUAAUAUUCGCUUUCCACCAGAUUAUCCCUUCAGGCCACCAAAGAUGUCUUUUCUAACAAAAGUCUAUCACCCAAAUAUUAACAGCAAUGGCAGCAUCUGCCUUGACAUUCUGAAGGAGCAAUGGAGUCCUGCUUUGACAAUAUCUAAGGUGUUGUUAUCGAUGUGCUCACUCCUCACUGAUCCCAACCCUGAUGAUCCUUUGGUUCCUGAGAUCGCUCAAAUUUACAAGAAUGAUCGAGUCAAGUACGAGACCACUGCCAGGUCAUGGACUCAGAAACAUGCCAUGGGCUAAAUAUUGGUGUGAAGUAAACCAAUCACUUAAGCUUUUAUUUCAUGAAGUAGGGUUGACUAUAUAAAAUCGCUUAUGUCAUUGAAAUUUCCUUGUUAUAUUAUCUACAUUUAAAUAAAGUUUAUCAUAUUCUAUCAUGGUUAAUUAAGUUUUCUUUGAUAUUUUUCUUUUUUGAUUAA